AUGUCUCAACAAGCCGAUCGAUACUCCCAGCAAAACCCCAAUCCAAUGCCAGCGAGAAAUAUACCUAAACCUCCCGAGACUAUCGAAUAUAUCUGUGGUGACUGCGGUGCGAAAACAGCGAUGAAGACCUCGGAAUUGAUCAGGUGUAGGGAAUGUGGGCAUAGAGUGAUGUAUAAGCCAAGGACAACGAGAAGUCCAAUUCGAAGCUCGUUAGAAUAUGAUCAUCAAGCUGUAUUGAGCGGUAGAAAGGGGUUUAGGGUAGUCUGA